AUGGAUGGUUAUGUAGAUGUCGAUAAUACCGUUAUACAACCCAGUCCACAACGCAUACGAAAUAUUCUAACAUUAGACGAACGAGUGGCAGCUAUCAAGGCCUACAACCAACGACCUAUGUACACCAAGGUGGCUCGUAUGUUCAAUUGCAGUUGGGAACAGAUCAAAAAUAUCGUAUCUAAUCGUGAUGCCAUUAUGGAAUUCUAUGAGGCCACCACAAAUCCAAAAGAAAUUCCCAUGGAUGUUAAACAGAGAAAGGCAAAAUUUCUAAACGAAUGUGUCUACGAGUCCAUACAACGGAUACAGUAUCACAUGAAACUGCCCAUAAGCGAAGAGUUGAUACGGCUGAAGGCGUUAGAGUUUCAGGAUUUCAUAAAAUUAGAAGAUUUUCAACCGAACAAGAAAUGGUUUCUAGCCUUUAAAUCGGCAUACAAUAUUUCCUUGGCCAAUAAACACAUCCAGCUGAAUCGUAUACCACCCGCCUCAAUGGACCUGAGAGAUGUCAUGGCAUAUUGCACGAAAAAUAUGCAAAGCACCACCACAAAUGUGGUUCAUCUGAAAGAUCUAAAGCAAAAAUACAGCAGUUUAGAUGCAAAAACGGCAGAAUAUGAGAGUCGUCGUGUGAGGAAAUUGCAUUUUCUACAAAAAGCUUUAAACGAAUAUUUACACCGGGCCAAAUUUCAUUACAAAUCUAUGAAACUGGACGACAAGGCCUUGCAAAUGGUGGCCCAAGAGUUUAAUGAUAUUUUAAAGGUACAAGAUUUUCAUCCCACCCUAUCCUGGAUACGAGAUUUCAGACAACGUCAUGACAGUUCGCAGGACACGAGUCCAGUAAAUGGUAAACGGCCUUUGCUGUCGUUAGAUUUAAAGGACAUACUUAGCUAUUGCAGCCGUAUGGAUAAUAAAACCAAAGCAUGUACUAUUACUCUGACACCGAAAGAACCACCAAAUGCCCAUACCUUGCAAAUGCGUCUGUUGCCGAAAUUUCCUAGUGAUUCAAAAAUCAAGUUACAACAAAGUUCCAUUAUCUAUUUGGAUGAGGAAGAGGAAGAAGAAAAAGACGUAAAACCCGAUAUCAAUGAAAUUAAAUUAGAACAGCAGGUUAGAGAGCCUGAUCCGUCACCUCCAUUAAAAAUUCGCAAAAUAGAAUCAAUUAACAAUGAUCCUGUUCUACAACAUGAAUUGCAACAAGAAAAACGAGUCGAUACAGAGAAAAUGCAAACGGAGGAAAGACAAAAGGAAGCGUCGGUUGUAUUAAAUAAUGACCAAGUCACAAUAAAGUUAGAAAGGCACGAUGAGGAGGAGGUAGAAGCAAAACGCAGCA